UCUUUGUAGAUCCAGUUAAGAUUUCUCUUCAGAAAACAGGUUUCUUUCUUUGUAGAUCCAGUUAAGAUUUCUCUUCAGAAAACAGGUUUCUUUGUAGAUCCAGUUAAGAUUUCUCUUCAGAAAACAGGUUUCUUUGUAGAUCCAGUUAAGAUUUCUCUUCAGAAAACAGGUAGCAGCUAAGAUGUCUAUAUUUAAAGAGAGAAGUCAUCUGCGAUCAAGUGAGAGGGAAAUUGAACCUGGAUAUGGCUUCGAGUACCAGGUAAGAUGCCCAUAUUUAAAGAGAGAGGGAAGUCAACCACAACGUUUACCUGAUCUAGUGUGAUGUUCAUCGGAGCAGCGGAUCCUGUCGAUGGAAAUCACAACUGGUAAAGACUUAUUAUUAUUAUUAUUAUUGUUGUAAGAUUUUUUUUUUUUAAUAAGUUACAAUUUUGGGGAGGGGAUUCAAACCCAGCCCACGUACUAGGAUGCACCAUACAAUAUGGUUUGUAGUCAUUGGGCUUAGAAUGCUAGGUGUCAUUAAAUUCUGGCCCUCGUCCCCUAACAAUAUUCCUUUUUAGAUGUUAUAGUUAAAAUAUUAAAUUAAUAUUAAACAGCCUAUAUAAUUGCCCAACUUGUGAAAAUUAGACUUUUUGAAACUUUUCUAUCUCCUACCAUGUCUCGAUCGCUCUUCAUUAUGCAUCUCCUAAUCUACCUUUUCGUGUUUAUCUUACCCAACAACAUCGUAACAAUCUCUUCCCAAGGUGAGAUUUUAAUCUGCGGUCUCUCCAUAAUUUCUUUGUUUCACAAGUCAAUUGCAGAAUUGGGGUUUACAGCGAAGAAUUAGGUUUUGGCUGGGUUAGGGUUUUGGGUCAGUUAUAGAUUUUGUUAUAAUAUAUUAAAAAUUAGUUUUAAGUUGGUGGAAUCUGACUCUAGAUCUUUUGUUUAAGAGAUUUUUGGGUAUUAAAAUUUUGUUUAGAAAUAUUUGGAUUUUUGGGUACGUGAACGGUAGUGAGUUUUGGUUUUAUACUUGAAUCUUGUGUGAAUUUUAUUGGUUAAUUACUUGCUAUUGUUGUUUUGAUAUUUCUUUAUCUAUUUAUGUGAAGAAUUUUGGAAAUUUCAUGAUAAAGCAAAAAUUCUCUCUCCCCAUCCCUCCACUCCUUGAAGGGCUUUUCCUUCAAGCCAAACAAACUUGUCUGCACGACAUUUAUUCGAUUGCAUAAACUACCUGUUUGACUAGGGUCUCAUCGUUGCCAAUUUAAAGCACCUGGUGCGGGAUGUACUUCGGUUGACAUAUGUUUGCCCAAUUGUAAAAGUUGUCUGGGGCGUUUUCCUCACGUAACAUCAAUAUGUGUCUUAUCAAGCAAUACAUGCAUUUGCACUGGUUGGAAAGGUGAACUUAUGGAAUCAGAGACCAAGGUAAGAGAUUCCAUCAUUUCUUGAAUAACUUGCAGCUUUCAGUCUACACCUUGUAUAAUUAUUUUAGUUAGCCAAUGGACCAAAAAUUUUCUUUGUUCUUGGCAGGCAGAUAUCAACAAUAGUCGCAAAUUUGACAAUGGUAAAUUCCUUGCUAUCUGGUAUUAGAUUUUGAGUACACAUGACUGUUGAGCUUUAUUUUUGAAGAAAUUAGAAGUAGUUCACUGUUAAUGAUUUUAAGUUGUGCAAUUCAGUGCUGUUUGGAUUGUAUACUACGUUUAAUAAAAAUUCAGACAGAUAAAGAAAGAGAGAUUCCUAGAGAAUGAAUUAACAAAUACUAAUAAUAGGCAGCAACUUGUUAGAUAAUCAUGAUCUCAAAACUACUAAGGGUGAUAAAACUACAAAAUUUCU